CGUAAGCUUCGUAAUUUUUAAUCAACUCUGAUACUAUAAUUUUUUAUCAAAAUAAUCCUAAACACGCAAAUACAUUAAAAAAAAAAUGGAACAUAGCAUCUCAAAAGACCUAUCAUUGAUGUUAACUACUGCUGAUGAUCAUAAUGUUAUAAUUCAAGUUGGGGAAAAUCAAAAUACAAGAGACUUUCCUGCUCAUUCUAAUAUAUUGAGAGCUCGUUCGAAUUAUUUUCAAAUCGCACUUUCGAAAAAAUGGGUUACUAAAAGGAAUAACGAAGACGUGGUUAAGUACAAAAAACCAAAUAUUGAUCCUGGCGUUUUUGAAAUAAUUCUUAGGUAUAUUUAUACAGACGAAGCGGAUUUAUCCGAGAAAUCAGGAAUAGAUAUUUUCAAGCUUUUAAUUGCUUCCGAUGAACUACUACUCGAGAAAUUAAUUAAAUAUAUUCAAGAUUAUUUAAUUGAAAAUCGAGUGACCUGGAUUAAACAAAAUUUUGAUUUUGUCUUUAAUAUAGUUUUUAAAUAUGUUAAUUGUAAGAAAUUACAAGAACAUUGUCUUGCAUCCAUCUGUGAAGAUCCACACCAAUUCUUCUCUUCAAAAAAUUUUCCAUCACUUGAUAAGAAUAUUUUCUAUUCAUUACUUAAAAGAGAUGAUUUGCAUAUUGAUGAAGUUAUUGCUUGGAAUCAUUUAAUCAAGUGGGGUAUUAAUCAAAUUCCAUUGUUGAAAAGUGAUAGAGAUAAAUGGAAUGAAACCGAUUACGAAGAUUUAAAAAAAGCCAUAAGUCAAUUUAUACCUCUCAUCAGAUUCUCAAAAAUUAGCCGCGCCGAUUUUUAUGAUAACGUUCGUCCAUAUAAGGCUGUUAUUCCUCAUAAUGUUUACGAGGAAAUGAUGAAAUUUUACAUGAAAGAUAUACCACCAAUUUCAAUUAUUUCGACUCCGCGAGUUAGAAGACCUUUUUUGCCAAUUGCAAUGAAGACUGUAAAAGGAUCUGUAAGAUGGAAUCCGUACUAAUUCUAUAACUUAUACUUACGGCAGGAACAACAAAUUUUGGCUUUAAUAAUCAUGAAAAUUGAUAUAAUUUGUA